ACACACCUUCACCAUGGCGGCGCCCGUGGGUAGCAGCAAUGCCGCUAUUUCCAGUUGUUCUGAUCAGUCGACUGUGGUGUCUAGAGCUGAAAAUGUCCAUCUACAGUAUAGUGUUCUUUUGCAGCACCUUAUCGGCGACAAGAGACAGAUCAAAGACCUGAACCCGGGCAUUAUGGGUGGCCUAUCGAAUCCCCACAAAACAGAUGAGCAGAAGAUGAUUGAACGGGGAAUGGAAAGUUGUGCUUUCAAAGCAGCACUGGCGUGUAUUGGAGGUUUUGUGUUGGGAGGUGCUUUUGGAGUCUUCACAGCUGGUAUUGACACCAAUGUUGGGUUUGAUCCGAAAGACCCACUUAAGACUCCAACAGCGAGAGAAGUCUUGAGAGACAUGGGGCAGAGAGGAAUGUCCUAUGCCAAAAACUUUGCUAUUGUAGGAGCCAUGUUUUCGUGUACAGAGUGCAUCAUAGAAUCACACCGUGGAAAAUCCGACUGGAAGAAUGCAGUAUAUAGCGGUUGUAUUACUGGAGGUGCUAUUGGAUUUAGAGCUGGACUGAAGGCUGGGAUUCUGGGCUGUGGUGGUUUCGCUGCUUUCUCAGCUGCCAUUGAGUACUAUCUACGAUGAAUGUCUCCUUCAGGACUUCCUGACAGAUUGGCUGCUAUUUAGCUGGGGAUUCUACUGGGAUGCUCAUGUCACUGAGUGGUCAUAUCAAUGUGAGAACUUCCUGAGUGGACCAGUUGGAUGUGUGCUUGUAUUACAUGUGUUUAAAAGUUGUGGACAUAUCCAGCCUGUAGGGGUUAGUAUUGCACUAGUGACUGCCCCUUGGCUUAACAAUGCUGAUAUACAUGUGAUACACAAACCAACUAUGACCUUGCAUCAUGUUUUUCCAUGGUGAUUAUUCUUGAGUUGAUGCUGCCUGAUUUGCAUAAAAGUAAGAUUUGUCAUUAA